CUGUUGUAGUAUGACAUUAUUGUAGCAAGUUUAAUCAUCCUCCAUUUGUCUAUGGCAACCAAGAAAGGAGCAGAAAAGCAAACCACCUCAGAAACACAGAAGUCAGUGCAGUGCGGAACUUGGACAAAACAUGCAGAGGGAGGGAUCUUCACCUCUCCCAACUAUCCCAGCAAGUACCCCCCUGACCGAGAGUGCAUCUACAUCAUAGAAGCUGCCCCAAGACAGUGCAUUGAACUCUACUUUGAUGACAACUACUCUAUUGAACCAUCUUGGGAAUGCAAAUUUGAUCAUAUUGAAGUUCGUGAUGGACCUUUUGGAUUUUCUCCAAUAAUUGGACGUUUCUGUGGACAACAAAAUCCACCUGUAAUAAAAUCCAGUGGAAGAUUUCUAUGGAUUAAAUUUUUUGCUGAUGGAGAGCUGGAAUCUAUGGGAUUUUCUGCUCGAUACAAUUUCACACCUGAUCCUGACUUUAAGGACCUUGGUGUUUUGAAGCCAUUACCAGCAUGUGAGUUUGAGAUGGGCGGUCCUGAAGGAAUCGUGGAGUCUAUACAGAUUAUGAAGGAAGGCAAAGCUUCUGCUAGCGAGGCCGUUGACUGCAAGUGGUACAUCCGAGCACCCCCACGAUCCAAGAUCUACUUAAGAUUCUUGGACUACGAGAUGCAGAAUUCAAAUGAAUGCAAAAGGAACUUUGUGGCCGUGUAUGAUGGAAGCAGUUCCGUGGAGGAUCUGAAAGCUAAGUUCUGUAGCACAGUGGCGAACGAUGUCAUGCUCCGCACAGGUCUCGGGGUGAUCCGCAUGUGGGCCGACGAGGGCAGUCGGAACAGCCGAUUUCAGAUGCUCUUCACAUCCUUUCAAGAACCCCCCUGUGAAGGCAAUACAUUCUUCUGCCACAGCAACAUGUGUAUUAACAACACAUUGGUCUGCAAUGGACUCCAGAAUUGUGUGUAUCCUUGGGACGAAAGUCACUGUAAAGAGAAGCGGAAAGCCAGCCUGCUGGACCAGCUGACCAACACCAGCGGGACUGUCAUCGGCGUGACUUCCUGCAUUGUGAUCAUCCUUAUUAUCAUUUCUGUCAUUGUGCAGAUCAAACAGCCUCGUAAAAAGUAUGUCCAAAGGAAAUCGGACUUUGACCAGACAGUUUUCCAGGAGGUCUUUGAGCCUCCUCACUAUGAGUUAUGCACCCUCAGAGGGACAGGAGCCACCGCGGACUUCGCGGACGUGGCCGAUGACUUUGAGAACUACCAUAAACUGCGGAGGUCCUCUUCCAAGUGCGUUCACGACCAUCACUGUGGAUCCCAGCUGUCCAGCGCGAAAGGCAGCCGCAGCAACCUCAGCGCGAGAGAGGCCUCGGCCCUGGCGGAGAUGCCCCCGCAGCCUGGCAAACCCCUCGCCCCGCCCACGAACAGGAGGAACAUCCUCGUCAUGAAACACAGCUACUCCCGGGACGCCGCCGAAGCCUGUGACAUCGACGAGAUCGAGGAGCUGCCGACCACGAGCCACAGGCUGUCCCGACACGAGAAAGCCGUCCAGCGGUUCUGCCUCAUUGGGUCUCUAAGCAAACAUGAAUCUGAAUACAACACAACUAGGGUCUAAAAAGAAAAGUCAAGAGAAGAACUAUUUAUACAAACAUGGGGACUUUGAAAAGAAAAUUCUAUAGUGAAUUGUGAAAAGUGGACAUAUUUCUAAAUUCAUUCCACUGCCUUUAUCCAAACUUAAGAAUUACAGACAUUUGUCACUCCUUCAGCAAGACAUCCCUGCUGCACAAUGAUAUGUUCAUUUCGUAAUUUGGUUGCUGGCCACCAAGUGCUCCUUAGUUUUUAAAUACAUUUUGAGAUUUACUGGAAACUUGAAGAAGAAAUUAGUUCCUGUUUAAGACUGUCCCAACUUUUACUUUUACUGUUGGUUUGACCUUGUUUCUGUGUUGUUUUAUGUCUUUGUUAUAUAAUUAUACGUUGUGUGAUAUGUGAAAAGAAAAACAUGAUUUUGGAUGAAUUUUGUGUUACAUGUACAUUGUUUUCAUUAUAUAGACUGCUUGAGAAUAGUGGGUUCCUGAGUGAUUUUGAACAUGCUACAGUGGAAAGUGAAAACAUGGACCAUGGAAACACCAGUUAGAGAUUUUAUGGACUAUAAACAUCUGUUGUUGUAUCAUGAUUAAAUGCAGUAAAAUUAUUAGAUUGCAAUAAGACAAAUCUCAUUUUUUGGUCUUCCCCCUAUACCUCCAAUAUCUUUUGUGUUUUAUAUUAAAGGAAAAUACCAAGUUUCAGAAAUAGUUUUUGAAAUCGGGUAUUUUACCAUUUACACCCUUCAAUAGAAAUGUGUUUUGAUUAAGCACUUAGCAAUAUGACUGAAUUGACAGUUUGAGAAAAUACCCUGCAUGUCAGUCCUGGAUAUUUGAGUUGGAAAAAUAUCUUUUGUAUUAGACACAUUGUAAAAAGCAUGCAUUCUGGAGUACUGCUGUCACUCUUCCAUUUCUUUAUGUCAUAUGCUUGCUACUUGUUAACUUUUUAUAUAAAGAUACAUAAAAUUGUAUAAUAAUUUCCUAUCUUGAGUUAAGAGAAAUGUUUUCUUCUAUCAGAGUGGUAAAAAACUGACUUACGUAAGUACAUGCUUUAUAUCAAUUCUUUCCACUUGUUUGGCUAUACGAUGUCUUUUAGUAUCAAGGCUUACUUCUCUAAAAUUUGAUUUCUUUUAUGGAAUAUGUUCUCCUUUUAGAAUAGGAAAAUCUUUUAAAAAUGCUCUUAAAAUCACAGACACUUUGAUGACCCAGAUUACACCAUUCGGAGUUGUUCUUCUAAGUAGACACACAUAUGAUACCUGAACGCUUACUAAUUAUGAUGUGUUUAAUAUAAAUAAAGGAAAUCAUAUAUUUAAUUGCUUUUGAAUUACAUACACUAUAAAGUUUGAUUUAGUGAGUGGUUCACUUUCUAAAUAUUUAUUAUGUAUUCUUAGAAAAUAAAAUUUAAAAAGCAGAAUUACUAUACAUCUGCUUACCAACAUUUCCAAAACUGCUGAAUUCUAUGGAAUCCUGUCCUUCAAAUAACAAAGCAGUCUGGUCUAUCACAAUUCAAACCUUGCAACUCAAGAAAGCUUUACAAAUCCAGCAUAUGAAUUACUUGCAUACAUCUCUAUUAGGGGUUCAAAUUCAUAUAUGCUACAACAACAAAUAAAUGGGAAAGAAAAUAAAAUUUUCUGACAGAAAAAUUAAAGAAUUAUCAUGGCCAUUCUGAACAGCCUAUAGUGAAAAAACGUCAAUAUACAGAAGUAAUUGCUAUCAUGAAUUUCAUAAACUGGGGAAUAGGAAAAAUGUACAUUGAACAUGACAAAGAAAGAUUAUUUUUUAUUGUUUUAUACAUAUUUUUAUACACAUGGCUUAUGUUAGAAUUUAGCCUUUUUUAUUUGUUUUGACUGAUUUAUUUAUUUUCAGGUCAAUGUUUAUGCCCUUUAAUUCAAAGUUAAUGCAUCCAGGGAUUAUUUUUUGAGGUGACUAGCCAUAUUUUGUAUUUUUUCUCUAUUAAGAAAUCCUUAUAGGUCCUUUACACUUUGAAUGUAUAAUCUCAAAAAAGUAUGAUAUGCAUGUCAAGACUUUUUACUUAUAAACCAAAAGAGACAGGAAAAUAAAUUAGGUGAACCAUUUACCAUUUACUUAUCUUGCAGCUGCCCAUAGGCAUUCCCUCCAGUUCUUCCUAAAUACACAGAAUGUUUCUGAUCUGCUGGUUCACCCCAGAUCAGCAUCACGAAUCCACUAAUAGAGACAUUUUUUGAAAAUCAAACUAUUCUGAGUUUAAUGAUAAAGAUGGACCGCUUGCACAUGCUUAAUCCAUAACAGCUCCAUGAGAAAACAGAACUAUUCCAAAUGAAGAAUGGGCCUCCUCCACAGUAAUACUAAAAAUAUUUAACAGUAGGAAUUGACUAAUCAGAAAAGAGGUGGAGAUAAAGCUGGGUCAGGCACCUGGAGGCAUCCAGGUUGUUUCCUAGUAAUAACUCGAGGUACUGGGUCUUCAGAGAGUGGCUUCCAUGAAAAAGGAGGCUCUUUAAAGCCAGUAUUGAAAUCUGUCAAUGUAUUAAAAACUCUAGUGUCCUGGUGAUAUCAGACCAUAUGCUCUGAAUAUCAAUCAUGGAUUUACAUUUAUGGGGAGACAUAUGCAGGUAAGGAAUGAGAUGUUUCAAGACUUUCAAGAUGUUUCAACAGAUAAUUUUUUUGAUAACAUGAAUUCAACUAUUACCUUCACAAGUGGUUUUUUUAAAUCAAUAAAAUGUUUUCCAAUCGCCUACUUAUACACUACAUUAGUUACCUGGAAAUAGCUCUUUUCAUUUUCUGCCUCUGUGUGAGUGCACUUCCACAACCUGGGCGGCCUGUCAUGAGUCUGUGCGACCUAUGAAGCCCUGAAUUCAGGGUUUUCUUUUUUCCCAAGAGCAUAUUCAUUGUUUAAGGUUGGUGUGCCAGUUUGGAAAUACCAUCUUUUUGUACCUACUUUUAUAGACAUGGCAUUUUUAUGCAUCAUAUUGCAAAGUAGACCUAUGUAAUGUUUGGUUUGCCAUAAUUAACUCCCAGUUGAUUAGACAAUUAAAGUGUGGUGAUAAGCAUAUUUGGGGAUCAGUGGCUUUGGACUUUUAAAGGAGAACAACCCACAUGGUGGCGAUUCUGGGUUUUGUUUCAUGUGGUUGUGUUUUUUCUUUUUUCCACUAAAGAUAUUUCAACGGGUCUGACACCACAAACUUAUUCUUGUUGUUUAAUAAAAGUAGGUCUUUGACAUUACCUGCCUACUCACUGAAGCUCUUGCAUUCACCUUUUCAAUAUUUUUCCCUUAGGAAUUCAAAUUUUCCUUAAAUUUGGUAGCUUCUUAAAAAACUCCAUGAAUGGAUUUCUUUCGACUUCAGAAAAUCAUAAUAAACUGCAAAAUAGAAUACUGGUUCCUGUUACCUUAAUUAAAGUAAUGGCGCAUAAUUUACUAAUGUUUUGGUGGAAAAAUAAAUAAUACCAUUUUAUCUUACUUUGCAGUUUGUAUAUUUAAGUGAUGAAGAUGAGUCCUGUCAGCUUCCAGCUCUGAAGGGAGGUUAAAUAAAUAAAAACCUUUAAAGUUGUCUGAACCCUAAA